CUGAAACGGUUGGGGAAGAGAAGACGGACGCGGAGGGGAUUAAAACCUGAAGGGGAUUUUCUUUUAUUUUUAAACACAGAUUUCAAACCGAGCUUUAAACAAAUCGACGUGCGUCUACCGCCGAUAAACAGCCCACUUGUACGAGAACAAACUGCGAAUCAUGGAGGUUUCGUAAUAUUUCUUCCGAGCCGUCCGCUGAGGAGACCGAAUUUUCGUCGGUUGGGCAGCCAGGAAUUAGCUUAGCAUACCUUAGCCUAGCUUAGCCGCGCUCCGCAGUGCCGCCGCCGCUCGCCGCGCGUUCUGCACGAGAUGAGUGUCGUCUGGCCCGGAUGCCCGCGGACUCUAGCGCGCUGAUCCGAAAGGCCUCAAAUGGGAAAGUCGAGCAUCGGGCGGGAAUACCAAGCAUAAUUCUGUAGAUGUAGCUCACGUUUGGAGAAGGGUUCCUUGGACUUCGCUGCAACAGCCCCGCUUUUUUUUUUUUUUUUUUUUUUUUUUUUUUUUUUAACCCCCCCUGGAUUUUAACCAUUUGCUCCUGAAGACAGCCAUGGAAUCGGUAUAUUUUGAAUGGAAUGGGAAGAACACACUGGAAAAAAGGACGUCUUUGCCAGUGAAAACAUCUUAAAUACGGUCGAUGACGACGCGAUGGAGGCGUGAAUGUGGUUUGGCGUGGCGAAAGCUGAACGAUGCCCAAGGGUGGGGGUUCUAAAACCCCCCAGCUGGAGGACUUCCCACUCAGCACCGACAUGGUGGAGAAGCAGGGUGGGAAGAAGGAUAAAGAUAAAGGCUCGUCAAACAAAACUCCUAAAUCAGACCGCGGCGAUGGCGUCAAAGAGAUGAAAGAGAAAGCUCCUAAGAGGAAGCUGCCCUUCACCGUCGGAGCCAAUGGAGACCAGAAAGAUUCUGACUCAGAAAAGCAAGGUCCGGAGCGGAAGCGUAAUAAAAAGGAGCCUACCAACUCCAGGAAGCCAAGCCUGCCAUUCGGGAUGGGCAUGCCAGGGAUCCGGGCUGGGUACCCGCUGUCAGAGCGGCAGCAGGUGGCUCUUCUUAUGCAGAUGACGGCAGAGGAGUCAGUAAACAGUCCAGACACAACACCAAAGCACCAGUCGCAGUCGAAUCUGGGUCAGAAGGGAACGCCAAACUCUGCCUCAAAAACCAAAGACAAAGUGAAUAAGCGCAAUGAGAGGGGUGAAACGAGACUCCAUCGAGCAGCCAUUCGUGGGGAGGUACGCCGCAUCAAGGAGCUCAUCAGCGAGGGAGCUGACGUGAAUGUAAAAGACUUUGCAGGCUGGACCGCACUGCACGAAGCAUGCAACAGAGGGUAUUACGAUGUGGCUAAGCAGCUGCUGGCAGCAGGGGCCGAGGUCAACACCAAGGGCCUGGAUGAUGAUACUCCUCUACAUGAUGCGUCAAACAAUGGCCACUUCAAAGUGGUAAAGUUGCUCUUGCGAUAUGGAGGGGAUCCUUGUCAAAGCAACAGAAGAGGGGAGACACCUCUGAAGGUGGCAAACUCUCCAACCAUGCUUAAUCUGUUGCUAGGAAAAGGCACUUACACCUCUAGUGAGAGUUCGUCAGCAGAGUCGUCAGAGGAGGAAGAUGCCCCAUCGUUUGCCCCGUCCAGCUCUGUCGAUGGCAAUAACACAGACUCUGAGUUCGAGAAAGGCCUAAAGCUGAAAGGGAAGGCACUUGACCCGCCCAAAUCCACUACCACACCUGUCAAGGAUGAAUACGAGUUUGACGAGGAUGAUGAGGAGGAGCGCGUGCCACCCCUGGACGACAAGCAUCUGCUGAAAAAAGAGUUCCGCAAGGAUACCGUCAGCAAGGCCAACAACUUCAUCUCUAUACCUAAGAUGGAGGUUAAAACCUAUUCCAAAAGCAACUCGCUCACACCAAAGAAGCCUGUGCGUCGGAUCCUGUCGGACAGCAACAGCUCAGAUGAGGAUGACCGGACGUUAUGUUUCACGCCCACACCCACGCCAAGGCAGCCUGCUGCUCAGACCAACAAGAGCAGGGACUCUGCGACACUGAGCUCCAAGCAGCAGAAAGAUAAAAGCAAAGUCAAGAAGAAGAGAAAGAAGGAGACAAAAAAUAACGUCAGUAAGGAGGUGCGAUUUGGCAAAGUCAAUGACAAGUUCUGCACCUCAGACUCUGAGACGGGCGACAUGGAAAGUGAGGAUGACAAGAGCUCAAACUGUGUGAAGGAAUCUUCUGCUUUGAACCUUAAAGAAUCCUCUAUAUUCAGCUCUCUGUCCGCCUCGUCUUCAUCCUCACAUGGGAGUUUGGGCUCACAGAAACUCACGCAGUCUUUGGCAGAACAGCACCCAAAGCAGUGGAGGACAGAUGGUUGGAAGACAGUGUCUUCCCCAACUUGGUCUGACGUCAGCUCCCUCUCGGACUCUGUCAGAACAAGGCUUUCCAGCGAGUCUGACUAUUCUUCCGCAGACUCCAGUGUUGAGUCUGUAAAGCAGGUGAAGAAAAAAGCGCAGGACAACAAGAAGAAAAACAAUACACAUGCCAGUGUGUUAGACAAAAAGAGCUCAGACUUUUACAAGAACUCAAAUGCAGAUGGAACGAUCUCGAAAACAGACAAAGACGGAAAAGUAUUGAAAAAACACAAAGUGAAGCACAAACACAAAAACAAGGAGAAGGAAAAGGUUCCAAGUGUAGUGCUGAAUCAAGACAUGAAUGAAAAAUUCGUCAAGAGCUUCACCUUCGACUUUGAUGACUCUCGGCAAAAGUCCCUCAUUGUGGAGACGGAGUCGCCCUCUGAAAGUAAAGUCAAACUUUCCAAGCACGACAAAGAUCAUUUUAAGAAAGAGGACAGAUUAUCGAAAGGUAAAAACGAAGACAAAGACUGGUCAGCGAAAGAGGUUCAGAGAUUAUCUAAAGAAGAGAAAUCCAAGAAAACAAAAGAGUCCAACAAGGAGAGGGCGAGCAAGGAGGAGAAAGACAAACCUCUGAAAACUGAAAAGGAGAAAGGCAUGAAGGACAAAGAGAAGCCAAAGGAGGAGCAACAGAAAUCCCACAAGGAGGAUAAAAAGAAAAAGUCCAAGGAUAAGUCUCUGAAAGCAGACAAAAAGAGUGAGCAAAAAGAAGAGAAACAUUUUAAAUCAGAGAAGGACAAAAGUGCAAAAGAGGAAAAGUCAAAGAAGGAUAAGACCAUUAAGGAAGAGCCAGAUUAUGAGGAAUAUGACAUUAAAAAUCAUUUUUUAGAGGACACAAAGAUGAGUGCAUCAGAUGAUCACGAUCGCUGGCCAUCAGACCUUUCAUCCGACAGCUCCCUCUAUGGAGAUGACAGUUGGGAUGCUCCCAUGAAAGAUUACAAACCAAAUAAUUCUGUAAAACUCAUUGUGGAAACAAUGAAAGAAGAAAGCAGGGAUCGGAGAAAGGAAAACAAACUCAAAGACAAGAAGUCGGAGCAUGGAGACAAGCGCUCUGAGAAAGAGGCUUCUUCCAAAAAGAAAGAGAAGGAGUCCUCCGAUAAGGGCAAUGAAAAGAAAAAAGACUGGACAGACAAACAGAAGCUGAACUCCAAUCAUUCGGAAAAGGAGAAGAAGCGAAAGGAAUCAACAGAAGGGGGUGUUAAAGAGAAAAAAGAAAAAGAGUCUGUUGAUGGCAGCAGGGACAGAAAAGAUUCCUAUGAGUUUACCAAGGAGCGGAAAGACUCCAAAACAAAACAAGACUGCCUGAGAGAUGAGUAUGGGAGUGAGGCUUUAUUCAAAGACAAAUCAGAAAGCGAAGCUAACGCUAAGUCAGAUGCCAGGGAGAGAAACCACUCUGGAAAAGAAAAGGAGAAAAAAGGAGAUGGUGUCGAAAAGAAAGACAAACUAAAAGGUGAAAAGCACAAAGACAAGCCUAAAGACCGAAGUUUGGAGCAAGACAAGGAAAAACCUGAGAAAAACUCAGUUGAUCGGUCUUUGAAAGAAAAAGACAUCGAAAGGAGCUCCAAAGACAAAAAGGAUGGCACUAAAGAUAAACAUAAAGAUUCGCACAGUAAGGAUAAGGAAAGGAAGAUGUCAUCUGAGCAGAGUAAAGACAAGAAAGAAAAAAUAUCCCAAGACAAACAUUCUGAAAGGGAAAAGGAUUACAUUGAAUUCAAAAAGGAGGAGAAGAAGCCAGAAAAGGUGAGGGAGAAGACAUGGUAUAAAAUUGAGGAUAUUUUCACAGAUGAGAGCGAAGAUGAAAGUGACAGUUACAAUGGAGGGGUGGCAAAACUGAGCGAUUCUUUUGGACUAUUGGACUCCCAUCGAAAAGAUUCCACGCCCGACAGAGACGAUCUAGAUCAUAUCCUAACAGAUAAACACAGGAAGUACUCUGGAGAAGGGAAACAACACUCCGCAGAAAAACAAAAAGAUAAAGAGCAUAAAGACAAAAAGAAAGAAAAGACCACAUUUGAUGUCGUAAAAGAGAGAAAAGGUUCCAUGGAUAAACACAAAGACAAGAAAGACAAGGAAUCAACUGAUGCAAAACACAAGGACCGCAAGGACAGGGCAUCUGUGGACUCAAAUCAGGACAAGAAAAACAAGCAGAAGCCUACAGACAAGAGAGAAACCACAGAGGAGAAGAAAAGCAAAUACAAAGAUAAGCCAGACCAUUUGAAAGACAGAAAACCCUCAAAGGGUAGUGGUGAAAAUGAGAAAUCACUACUUGAGAAACUGGAGGAGGAGGCCAUGAAUGAUUACAAAGAUGACUCCAAUGAUAAAAACAGCGAGAUCUCAUCAGACAGCUUCACAGACAGGGGUCAUGAGCCAGUUUUAAGCUUCUAUGACUCAUCUAAUGAUAUGACCGAGGACAGAAGAGAGUCACUGUCCAUUUCCAAUCCACAGGACAAGUUCAGAGAAAAAGAGAGGCAUAGACACUCUUCUUCCUCAUCGUCCAAAAAGAGUCACGAUAAAGAGAAGGACAAGGGCAAGAAAGAGAGGGCAGACAAGAGGGACAAAUCAGAGGAGCUAAGAGAGUCCUUUGGUCGCAGAGAGAGCUUACCUUUUGAGAAAGAGCCUAUGCCCCUGGAAGCUGACACUUACACUUUUCCUUAUGGUUCUAAGGCUGAUGGAGAGGAUGACUUGGAUAAAACUCUGGAGUUUGAGAAGGAGAUGUCCAAAAAGGACAAGAUGAAUAGCGUUAUUAGCAGUGAAAAGAUCAAAGAGAAGAAGAAGAAAGAGAAACAUAAGGAAAAAGUGAAGGAGGAGAAACAUAAAUACUCGGAUGGCUUCGGGUCUUUCAGACACUCCAAAGAAGAUCAGAAAUCUGGACUUAAAGAAAGCCCUCAAGUCGCAAGUUUGAAGGACAGGUCCAAAGAAGAUGGUCUGAAAUUUGAUGGCAAGAAUAAGGACCGAAGUAGAGACAUCACAGAUAAAGACAGGUCAGAUUAUAACAAGGCCAAGGUCAAAGAUGAGAACGACAAGCUCAGCCAGUCAAAAGACACAGCUAGGAAAGACUCCCGACCACGUGAGCUUAUGGUUGAUGGUGAUCUCAGACUAACAAGCUUUGGUAAAAUGCUCAGUCAAAAAGACCAGGAAAUUGAAGAGCGCCAUAAGAGGCACAAAGAGAGGAUGAAACAGAUGGAGAAACUGAGGCAUAGAUCAGGCGAUCCAAAGCUUAAAGACAAGACCAAGUCCAGUGAGGAUCUGAAAAAGAGCCGUGGCGAACUUUCGUCAAAGAAGUCCAGCUCAUUAGAAUCUGCUCUUAAAGAAAAGAAGCUCAAAGACGUUAGCCUUCCUGCCCAGAUGAUGUCUCCUGAUAGGAAGUCGCAGCCUAUGGACAGCCAGACUUCAAAAGACUGGCUAGCAGGCCACCAGAUGAAGGAAAAUCUACCCGCAUCUCCACGACCUGACCAGAAUAGGCCAACAGGGGUUCCUACUCCUACAUCAGUCAUUUCAUGUCCAAGCUUUGAGGAAGUGAUGCAAACUCCUCGUACACCAUCCUGCAGUGUGGAGGACUACCCGGAUAUCAUGUUCGAUGGACUAGACUGCCAGAACUCUUCAGCGAUGACAAUGUCCAUGAAUGCCUGCUCCCCAUCGUUCUUCGACAGAUACUCCUCCCAGAACUCCUCUCAUAGUUUCCAGGAAGGAACGUGUAUCACGCCAGCAAAGAAUAUGCAGUUACCGCUUGUGAGUCGAUCAGUCACCUCUGAGGUUAGAAGACCUCUUGAGGAGGAGUUCAAAGCAGAAGCUGACAAGUUUCUGAGACAACAAAGUGCACCGUCAGCUGAAUUUGAGUCGUCUGCCUCACAUCUUCCUGAUGACAAAAUUCCAAUGGACAGACUUGACUGCGUCUCAUCUCCAUACUUCUCCCCUCACAUUGGCAUGCUGUCUCCAAGGCCUGACUCAUCGCAGCCCAUGACAGAGAGAGCUUCUGCUCCAAAUGCUGGUAACGAUGCCAGUGAACUCCCUCCAGAGAGCAUGUUUAACAACUACCUGAUGAAGCCUUCAACUCCAGUCCACAGACCUGACCCUCAAGAGCCAUGUCUGGGCAUAGCUGCCCCUCCAACACCAGCCCCUGCAGCUCUGCCUCCUAUGGACCUUGAUGAAUUGUCUGAACCACAUCAGAGUGAGCCCAGCUUAUUGCCAUCUGAGCCAGUGAGCGGCAGUGAAUAUCUGCCGCCUCUUGUAGAGAAUGAGGAGGAGGAAGAUGAUGAGAAUGAGGAUGAGGAGGAAGAUGAUGAAGAGGAGGACAAUGCAGAAGAAGCAUCUGAAUCUCAUAUUGCAUCAGAUCAGGCCAUACAGUCUGUAGACGAUCCCACGUAUUCUCUUGGAAUUGAAGAGUCUGCCAGGAAGACUUGGGUUGAAUCUCCAGACCGCAGAGAGCCUGAAGUUCUUCCCUUGACACCCACUCAUCCUCAGGAUAACCUCAUGGAAAACUCUUGCGAUCAGUCAGAAGAGUGGAAUUCAGCAGGGCUUAUGAAAUCACCUCAUGAAAGUUAUGGAGAAGUUGAAGCUGCUGUUUCCAAGAUCAGCAGUCCAUAUUCACAUUCAGACUGUGAGCUGCAACAUAUCCCGACGGCAUUAUCUGUCCAUCCUUCCGUGACUCCUCCUUAUUCCACAUACUCCAGGUCCUAUUGUCCCUCACAAAUGUCAGAGACGCAUUAUGAGAUCCAGAAAGACAAUGUAGAGGAUAUUUCAUCACCACCAAGGCCUGUAACAGAGCCUGUGGACUCAGAAGCAAACUUCAUCCCGCCGUCCUCAGCUCGACUUGAGACUUUUUUCACAGAUAUUAAACCCCAUGUUGAGGAGAAUCAAGUGGACGUAGAACCAUCUUGCAUGCCACAAGAAAAUAGAGAAGAACCCCUCAGUUACACACCCGAAAGCAACAUUGCCCCAUCAGUAAGCCGGGAGUCUCACUGGCCAGACCCGUUCACUGCUGCUGUUGAAGAGCUAGAUGACCUAGGUUCCUUCUCUUUGCCAGACCUUCAAUUCCAAGAGAAGGAGAUGCAGGACCCUGAAAUCACAGCCCCAGAGAUGCCAGAGAGCAAGCAUCCACCUCCACAAAUAAGACCAAUGGCUAUGGAAACAAACAAGGAACUUGGGGUAAUGGACAUUGGCUUGCCCAGUUUGACCAAAGCUCCAUGUUCUCCUGCAAUUAUUCCUCCUUCAGAGCCUGCUCAGGAUUUGGUGUCUCCUAUCCGGGAGGAGAGCUACAGACCACAACAUGAGCUGGAGCCUGAACCAGAGCCUCAGAACAUUCAAGAUGUUCCCUCUAUGAAAGAACAGAGCCAAGAAGAUGUGUGUACAUUCAGCGAGCGGGAUGAGGUUGACGGCAAUGUGUAUUCAGCUACUGAUGGAGAGAAUGAACAGGAAUACAGACAGAAAGAUAUGGCUCCCGAAAUUCUGACGCCAGUUUCUCUAGCGCCGUGUUUGGAACCGCUAACACCUUUGAAAGCAGAUCAGAUUGUACCGACCCCAGUAGUUGCUUUGGGUCACGCCUGCAGUCCCCGCCCUGCUGCUCCAGUCUUAGUUGUCACCUCAUCUAGCACCACCCAAUUGUCAGAGGCACUGGAGACAACAGCCAAAAUGCCGGUAGCCACAGCAAUGUCUGAGGCCCCCAAGAAGGUUGAGGAGAUACCUCAAAGGAUAACUCGGAAUAGAGCUCAGAUGCUGGCCAAUCAGAGCAAGCAGAGCACAGUGGCGAGCCCUGCAAGUGUCACAUCAUCGGCCGCUUCCUCUCCUGUCACCACAAGUGUCACCAACAGCUCUCUUUCCUCGCUUACCCCAGGGGAGAAGGAGAAAGAGAGAGAGUCCUUCAACACACAGACUUCCACCCCAGCAACACCUGCUCUUGUCACCAAAAGUAAAGGACGAAAUGUCGAGGAAGAGGACGGCCAGGCACAACAUCCACGCAAACGGAAGUUUCAGAAAUCAGGUCCGCAGCAAGUGCAGGUCCAACUCGUCAACACAGCGAUGCAGCAAACACGGGAGAUGAUUCAGCAGACUCUGGCGGUCAUAGUGAAUGCCAUCAAGCUAGAUGAAAUUGAGCCCUACCACAGUGACCGCUCAAACCCUUAUUUUGAGUACCUGCAGAUUCGGAAAAAGAUUGAAGAGAAGCGGAAGAUUCUUUGUUACAUAACACCGCAAGCUCCCCAGUGCUAUGCAGAGUAUGUGACGUACACCGGCUCCUACCUGCUUGAUGGCAAGCCUCUGAGCAAACUGCAUAUUCCAGUGAUUGCUCCACCACCAUCUUUGUCAGAACCCUUGAAGGAGCUCUUCAGACAGCAGGAGGCGGUGAGAGGGAAGUUGCGACUGCAGCACAGCAUUGAACGAGAAAAGCUUAUUGUGUCUUGUGAGCAAGAGGUACUGCGAGUUCAUUGCAGAGCAGCAAGAACCAUUGCUAAUCAGGCUGUUCCGUUCAGUGCUUGCACAAUGUUGCUGGAUUCCGAGGUCUACAAUAUGCCAUCGGAAAGCCAGGGGGAUGAGAAUAAAUCAGUGAGAGAUCGGUUCAACGCUCGACAGUUUAUUUCUUGGAUCCAAGACGUGGACGAUAAAUAUGACCGCAUGAAGACGUGUUUGCUGAUGCGACAGCAGCAUGAGGCUGCCGCUCUGAAUGCAGUGCAGAGGAUGGAGUGGCAACUCAAGAUGCAGGAGCUGGACCCUGCUGGACACAAAUCUCUGUGCGUCAACGAGGUCCCUUCCUUUUACGUGCCAAUGGUUGACGUCAACGAUGACUUCGUACUGUUGCCUGCGUGACACGAACACACAUGGACGCAGGGUGUGCGGUCUAAAAUUCUCAUCUUUCAAAGAGACAACAGACAGCAAGUUCGGUAAGGGCUAGCCGGUUUGAAGAGAAGAUUUCUUUGAGGAGAAUACAUAUAUAUAUUAUAUAGAAAAAGUUUAAAAAAUUAAAAAUCGUCUCCUUCCGUCAGAAGAGGGAGUGUCUUUUUACCGGGCGAAAAAAACACAACUUGCACUUUCAUCCUUCAAGUUUGUAUGCUUUUGUUUGGGAUUUAAGAAGCAACACUGAUUUGCUUUGAAGCUCGCCCACCACCCACUGGCUGAUUUGAGCGAGAACGAAACGGGGAGAGGAAAAAGUGUUUUUCUUUGUUUUAGAUCCCCUUAAACUAAAUAACAGCAAGAAGGGUGGGUUGAGACGGGCUCCUCCAUCUUUGUCCUUCAGAAUCAGGGACAGGAGGCACCACAGUGAGCUCAAGAGUGCCGAACAGAAACGAGACGUGGCACCGAGAGGUGCGGCCACGGAAAUAAGAGACCCGAAAAAAGGGGUGCCAGAGGAACAGGAGCAUGGCUCCCUGCCUGACCACAGCACCCCGCACAGCCCCAGACCAGGGCAGCCGGCCGCAGAGCAAAGGCAGAGUGGCAGGGCUCGGGGAGAGUCUGCCUUCAGCACCAGGGCAUCCACAGACAGCAUGAUACCCAGGAAGCCCUCAGAUACAGAGCAAAGGAGCGCCUGAUUCUGCGUGCGGAAUCAAACGGCCUCUGAUGGUCCGCCGUGAAGUCGGGCCCGGUGCGCCUGCGCUUGUACCAUCCAAGAAAAAGAACACGCAGGACAAAAUACAGGAACGCAGUGUUGCGAACCAAGAGGCAGAGACUUAAAAGACGGUGUUUUAGUGGAGUUUUUUUUUUUUUUUUUUUUUCUUUUUGGUCUUUCUUUACUUGGGCAUUUCAUUGUUCCCUUUCUGAGGAAGUGACUUGAAACACUACAGAGCCAACGUUAGUUUAAUGGAAAAAAAUAAAGAAAAAAAAACCACGAAAAAAAAAAACAUUGUAUUCCGUAAAUGAUGUACAGUUUUUAUAUUCGUUAACCAAUGUAUUCUCGCUGCCUUCUAGAUAAUUUAUUUUGCCACCCAUUACUGCACAGUUGUAAAUAACUUAUGUACUGUAACAUCACACAGUUAAGUGUAAAAAAAAUAAAUGAAUAAAAAUUAUCUUUGUAUGUACAGUUCACUUUCGGGCAGCACUCCCCCCCCCCACCCAUACCCAUGGGCCAAAAUGUGUACACACGUGUCAGUAUCGUAGGGGACUCUUGUGCACAGGUCCUUCUAAGGUUUUGUCCAAGGCUGGUCAGCGUGAGUGUCCUGGAUCAUCGUUGUCAUAAUCAUCAUCAGAAGAUACUUUUAUCUCCCUCAUAAUGAAACUGUCAGGGCCGCAACCAUGGUUUUCAGAUGUAGCAGAUGAGUGAUUAUGGAAUUAUUUAAAGACUAGUAGAGGUAUAUUAUUCAUUGCUUUAAUACACGAGUAUGUAUCUUUAAAAAAAAAAGAAAAGUAAACAAAAAAAAACUAUAAACCAAGAAAAUGCCUUUUUACAGUUAACAUUAAAGCUGCACAAGGUAUCGUUAGGCCCAUCAGCAGCGUAUGGAGCCGAUAUAGCCUGGUUCAAAUGUAGAAGCAUCCGUUAAACAAUCCAGUGCACCGUUCAGUAGAUCAUAUAUAAACAGCGAAUCUGGGAUUAAAGUCUUUUUGUUUUUUCCCUUUCCUUCAGUCACGGAUUAACACAACCGCGAAGAUGAGUGCGUUUUAACGUGUGGCUCUGCUGUGUAGUUCCACAGAGUAGACGCCCUGCAAGCAAAAGAAACGGAACCAAUAAAUCAUUGAUUAGUUUUAUCCGUUAGGAUUUAUUUCAAAAGAGGAAUCAAAAAAUUGGCCUCGCUUAACGUUAGCCGGACACUUAAAUGACCGUACGUAGAAACUUAUAGAUUCUUAUUUGGCUUUCAUGGGGCUCCCUGACUGUUUCCAUAGUUUCUGUCCUCACAUUUACCCCUCACGCAACACGUUCCUUCGCCCUGAAGUCGAACUCAUCUUCAAAGCACAAUCACAGCAUACAGCGUCAGCGUCGACACAGAGGACUCGUGCGAAAGAGCUGGUUUUAGAAACUCCUGUGUUUUUAUAAUGGAGCUUUUAUUUCUCGUUACGUAGAUGUUGCGUUAUUUUUUUAAUUCUUUGGGGAUUUUUUGUUUUAUUUCCUAAAACCCGAUUUUAAAAAAAUGUUUUUCUUCAUUAGCUGCCUGUUCUCCCAUGUGACGUUUGCUCGAUCAUCCAGCCGUGGUUUUGUUUUGGUGUGUGUUGGAGGAAUGCCGGGGUUGCGUACGAGUCGGGGUGCAACAACAGGAAUCACUCUUUCAGCAUACGGUUGUUGUGGUGGUCUUUCGUGAGUAACGUGACGUGCGCAAAGGAAAAAUAACAGUCAAAACCACACAGGUUGAUCAAUUCAUCCAGAUUAUUAUUGUAAAUUCAGUGCUCCCUCAUUUCUUUUUGUCAUGUGUUGUAAAAUUGGCAGGAAAAAAAAAAAAAAGACCCUGUGUUUUGAUGUUUUUAAGGUGUUUUCCUCCCCCCUUGCGACUCAAAACGAUGGCAUGUGCAUCAGAAUGGUUUGGAAAAACAGAAUGUAUACGGUGACCACGCCCUGCAGUCUUCACUGUUGUUUACAGGAACGUUGUGUUUUGCUUUAGUUCUGUCUUCUGAACUGUCGGCCACCCUUUUUAAUUCCCUCGGCUGUCUGUUUUGUUUUACUCUCCCAGCUCUUCGUUCUUUUAAACGGAAGGCUUGAAGUUGUGACGCAUUAUUAUGUAGCAGUUCCAAAUCACGUUUUAUGUGUGGACCACCUUCAUGAAUCAUUAGGGUCGCUCAUCCUUCAUUGCAGAGUUUGGGACUGGAUCUCCUCUCUCACAGUGAAGCACUUAGCCGUCAGCUAACCGGGUGGGCCGGGACCUCAGCUCAGCUCGCCACUGAUCUCUGCAACACGUUACCUCUGCGAUUUGCACACACUUGAAUCCGUUCACUUUAAGCUUCUUUAACUGGACUGGUUUACGUGCCGAGUCACAAUUUCAAGCCUUUUUAUUUUUAUUUUUUUCCCCUCCCCUCUUCCUCACUAUACAUAAAUCCAACAGUAGAUGUAUCUUGAAAAUGGAUAAUGACUCAUAAAGCAUGUAGAAGUAUUCUUAAAUGGUGAGAAAUAACCUAUUUAUUAUCUUUCUGACACCUGUGGUAUGUUUGAGUUUGAAGGUCUCCGCUGUGUAAAUUUUCCUCUUGUAAUGAGUAAAAAAAAAGAAAGGAAAAAAAAAAAAGACUGUAUAUAACUGUAUAUAAACUCCCAGGACCUUUUGCACCCUCCUCUUUGUACUAGUCUGAACUUGAGUAGAAUGUGGGGUUCUAAAAGGCAGCGAGACGGCGCAGUCGCUGCAGGUCAUGUAAUAAUGUAACUUUUAUUUUCUUUCUUUUUUUUUUUUUUUUCUUUUGCUUUUUUUUUUUUGUUUGUUUGUUUUUUUUUCUUUUCUUUUUGUACAAUGUAGUUCAAUUGUGUACAUAUUGUUGGAGCAGCUAUGGGAGGGAGGGGUUUGUUGAUGCUAUCGUCAGUGCUGUCAAAGAUCCAGUACUUUCACCUUUAGCUGUGUUGAUAUCCUGCAAAUUCAGAAGCGAGAAACUUAAAAAAUGGAAAAAAAAAAAAAAAAAAAGUUAAUGGAGUAAAAAUUCAAAAUAUGUUAUUUUCUACAGUUGCAUGUACAGAGA